CCCGCCCCCGCCCCCGCGUCCACCCGCCUUCUUGGGAUUGUCUACCUGCCCCGAAGGAUCGCCCUGCCUGGCACUCUCGGCUGGCAGCCUCGGAUUGUCGGAGCCCAUCGUCCCUUUUGCUCGUCCUCCUUCUCUUCACUUCCUCUCGCAUUUCAAGGCCGAGCACCUUUUGUGCUUCUGCAUCUUUCGCGCACGCGCUCGAUGCCUCGCAAGCCGGCACAUUCGCAUCCCGUCGGGGGUGCGCCCUCGUGCUCAUGGAAGCUCUUUCGCAACUUGAACUCCAUGGACUCGGGCACCAAUGGCCACUGCACUCCUGAGGCUUUCCAUGUUCACGCAUUCCCGGAGCUGCCCUCCUGCCCGGUGGCCCAGGCCAUGUCGUCUCGGCACCUGGCCGAGGACUUCACCGUCGACGAGGGGGUCUCGCGGAGCUGGAACUAUGCGGCGGUCGAGGCUGCCAAUGAGGUUUCCCGACAGAUCAUCGAAGCGGCUCUGGCCUCGCGCUACCGGCAUCGCCCUGCGGUCCUCGGCGUGGACUUUGAUGUCUGGGCUUAUGAGCGGCACGAUUUGUAUGCCAUCGGCCUGAUGAUCUUCGAAAGCACGGGGCUCCUGUCGCUGCUGGGGCUUUCUCCGCGGGACAUCCUGCGCUUCAUCGCCUCCGUUGACCGCGGCUACUAUGACAACCCGUACCAUUCCUUCCUGCAUGGCUUCGAUGUCUUCCAGUCCGUGUACCACACCCUUGUGGUUCUCCGUGCGCUUCCCCCGGAGCAGCUCCCCCCGCUGGAGCUGGCGGCCAUUCUUGUGGCGGCUCUGUGCCAUGAUCUGGCCCAUCCCGGGGUGAACAACCUUUUCCAUGUGAAUGUCCAGUCGACGGUGGCCAUCCGGUACAAUGAUACCAGCGUGCUGGAGCAUCAUGCCUGCACGCGGACCUUCGAGCUGCUCCAUCGUCAUCGGCUCUUCCGGAAUCUGUCCCCGAAGGAGGUGGCCACCAUGCGCAGUGUCAUCAUCAAGAGCAUUCUCGCCACCGACAUGUCAUGUCACUUUGACCAGAUGGAGCAACUUCGCCGGCUGGCCGAGACCAAGUCCCCUCUCGAUGGCGAGGUGCACAUUUUCACCGACUCCGAGCGUCAGCUCCUGCUGAACAGUGUCCUGCACAUGGCCGACAUCAGCAACCCCUGUCGACCGUGGGAGCUCUGCCGCAAGUGGAGUGACCUUGUGGUGGAGGAGUUCUUCCUCCAGGGUGACCUGGAAAAGAGUCUCGGCCUUGCUGUGUCGCCGAACAUGGACCGGGACAAUGCCUGCCGGGCGGAUAUAGCCAUCGGCUUCAUGGACUUCCUCGUGCGACCCUUUGUGGCCAUCAUCGGGGGGCUUAUCCCGCGAUUUGCUUCGGUCAUCCUGCCGCGCUUAGAUGAAAACCGAGCUCGUUGGGCUCGACUUCAGGCACAGCACAUGAUCGCCGAUGAGGUCCCAGAGUGCUGCUUACAGGCACCCUCUCCACUGCCAUAUGUUGGCUUCGAUGAGGCAUACUCUUCGACUGAUGUGCUCGGGGAUCUCCCUCCCCCGUCACCCGACGCCGUGGCUCCUGUGGCGGCGAUCCCGCCUCCCCUGCUGAAGGAGCCAUCCUCCCCGUCACCAUCUCUCAGCGAUGCGGCGAGCACCUUUCCGCUGAUUUCCUCCUUCGACACCGCGUCGCCCUCGCUUUUGUCGCCAUCCCCCUCGCAGGGGAGCAUCUCCGCGGCUCCCGCUCCGGAAGUCCCUGCCCAGCGCCGGGGGUCCCUCAGCUCCACGUCGGCUCUCCUGUCGGCCGGUGGCGAGGUGAAGCUAAGCACCGCCCCCGGAACCAUCACCCUGCCUCCGGAGCUGGUGGCCACCGUCAACGCCGGGUAUGCCUAUCCUCUGGAUUCCGCCUUCCCGAUCCUGAUGCCUGGAUCCCGGCCCGCCUCGACGUGUCCCUUCCUCCACCGGCUGCAUCAUCCCAGUGCCAAGGUCCUUGACGGGUCCAGCGGCGGGGCCCAUGUCAUCUGCCCCUUCCGCGGCCAAUCCCUCCUGGGACCCCACCAUUUCCAUCAUCACCAUCAUCAUGGAGUUGAGGGCCAUCCCGGCCUGGCCUUCUCCCGGCUGUCGAUCAACAUUUCCCAUCCCUAUUUGAUGCUGGCAUUCGGCAACCAGUGCGACGUGGCGCCGCCUCUUCUGGAGCUGGCCUGCUCCCUGCUGGCCCUGGACCACCAUGACCACGUUUUCGUGCCGAGUGCCCUGGACAAGAUGGACAACUCGCUGGACAUCCAGGUUUCCAGGGGCUCCGCUCUUCGGACGCGUGAGAUCUGCCGGCUAAUGGAGCAGUUCUGUGCCCAGCGUCUGCCGGACCGCACGGCCAGCCGAGUGCUGCUCGGCACCUCGGCCCUGUGCCAUGCGUGCCCGCCUUGCCCACAUACCGGCCUCGUCGGGGAGGCAGACAGCGAUGAGCGCUGCUUCCGGACCCGAGUGCAAAUCGUCUGGCCAUUGCCGAUCACCGGGCGCCUGAGCACCUGCCAGACGUACGUCCAAUGCGCCGAGGCCGCCCGUGUGGAGGCUGCCCUGAAGGCCGCGGCGUCGAUGGCCGCCUCGGCUUCAGCCUCGCGCAACUACCCCGCCUCGGCGGAGACUCGCCCGGCGUUUGAGGCCCCUGCUGCCGCCACGGAUGCCUCUGCCCCGACCGGGGGUGCCGCUUGUCCUGCGUCUGAUGCUGCGGCUGAUGCCCCUGCGCCUACCGCGGCCAUUGGCGAAACGAUGCCGAUGCCGGCCGCGUCGCACUCAACACGCUUGGUUGUCGAGUCGGAUCCGGCUCCAUGCUUGCCCGGCCGGCCGGCCGGCCCUUCCUCGACCCUGUCUCUCCCUUCGUAUUUGGUCCAUUCGGAUGGCAGCGGCAGCCCGAACUCCUCGACCUUCGGGUCUUCCGGGGCACUGGCCAGCUCGGCCGGCGACUCGAGCGCCUGCUCGUGCGAUGCAGUCCCGGCUGCCGGAUCGUCGCAGCCCACGAUUCCCACCUCGCUGGACGGGACGUCUUGCAUUGUGUCCGUCCUCCCGGCCUCGGAGGUGGCUCUUUGUGUGGACUCCGAGGGACGCAUCAUCCUCGGGCACUUGUCACUGGCCCGGCAUGAUAGCCCCUUUGACAUCUGCGAGGCAGGCUUCCUGUCGGCUGCUGCGGCUCUCCUGGCCCUGGCUGUUGGCCUGCCCUCAUGCUUGUGCCCGGCAUCCGAGCACUCAACCUGCCCGAGUGCAAUGGCGGUCCAGCAAUAGAGCUUCUCCCCCUGCCCGACCGCCGAGACUCGCCCGCCGAUCGGUCUCCCUCCGCCUACUCUCCUCCCCCUCCAUUGCUGGCCUGCUUGCCUCUAUUCCCUCCCUCCCUCCCCCCCCCCUC